GUCCAUGGAGAGGCGGCCGGCGGCGAGCGCCCCUGGAUCAUUCCCAGCGCUGGCGGCUUCGGGCUCAGGACUUGGGUGCCGCCGCCGUCGAGGGGCUAUGCCGAGUUGCCCUGGAAGCUGUCGGCCGGGCGAGUGAGCGCCUGGGCGGCGCUUGCCCUUUCCUACCGUCCGGUUACCUGGGCUGAGAAGGGCAGGUUGGGGGCUCCGAGGAGGAGGCGGGGAUCGGGCCGGUUUCUCCCCGCUCCCGCUUCGGCUGGGGCGAAGGCACAAAACGAAGCUCCGUCCGGGCAGCUGAGGGCGAUGCCUUGCGCAGCAUCACGCUCCGCUCGGCUGUGUUGAGCUCGCUGCGCGGCUGCCGCGCCGGCUUCUCCUAUUGCUGCUGCUGCUGCUGCUGCUGCGGGGACUUUGAAUUCUUUCCCACUUGGAUCCGGAGGAGAGGCUAGCAUGCCGACCACCGGGAGGGCCCGGGACUGGGACUCGCGGCGCCUCUGCUUGCUCCUGGGACUCUGGAGCGUCACCCUUUGGCUGCCGACCCAAGGAUGCCCCAGCAAAUGUACCUGCUCCGGCCCCAACGUGGAUUGCCACGGGCUGGGAUUCAAAACGGUGCCCCGAGGCAUCCCAAGGAAUGCGGAAAGACUAGACUUAGACAGAAACAACAUUACGAGGAUUACAAAGGUGGACUUUGCUGGGCUUAAGAAUCUUCGUGUUCUGCAUUUGGAGGAAAAUCAAGUUAGUGUGAUAGAACGUGGAGCAUUUCAAGAUCUAAAGCAUCUUGAACGACUGCGUCUAAACAGAAAUAAACUUCAAGUUCUUCCAGAGCUCCUUUUCCAGAACACACUGAAGCUAACCAGACUGGAUCUAAGUGAAAAUCAGAUUCAAGGCAUCCCAAGGAAGGCUUUUCGUGGAAUUACCGAUGUGAAAAAUUUGCAACUGGACAACAAUCAGAUCAGCUGCAUUGAAGAUGGAGCCUUUAGAGCUCUGCGUGACUUGGAGAUUCUUACUCUGAACAACAACAACAUUACUCGCAUCCCUCUGACCAGCUUCAAUCAUAUGCCAAAGAUCAGGACCCUACGGCUUCAUUCCAAUUACUUGUAUUGUGACUGCCAUCUGGCUUGGCUUUCUGAUUGGCUGCGUCAGAGGCGAUCAGUUGGACAGUUCACAUUCUGCAUGGCACCUGUUCACCUGAGGGGAUUUAAUGUUGCUGAUGUUCAGAAAAAAGACUAUGUCUGCACAGGCUCACACAUGGAACCUCCUUCCUGCAAUGCCAAUUCCAUUAGUUGCCCAUCUACUUGUACUUGCAGCAACAACAUUGUGGACUGUCGAGGAAAGGGCUUAACUGAAAUUCCACCAAACCUUCCGGAGAAUAUUGUGGAAAUCCGCUUGGAACAGAACUCUAUCAGAAGCAUCCCCCCUGGAGCUUUCUCUCAGUAUAAGAAACUUAAAAGAAUUGAUAUCAGCAAGAAUCAAAUAUCGGAUAUUGCAUCAGAUGCUUUUCAGGGCCUGAAGUCUCUCACCUCGCUAGUGCUCUAUGGAAAUAAAAUUACAGAGAUUCCCAAAGGCCUUUUUGACGGGCUUGCAUCUCUGCAGUUAUUACUGCUGAACGCAAACAAAAUCAAUUGCCUGAGAGUAAACACAUUUCAAGAUCUUCAUAAUCUCAAUUUACUGUCUCUGUAUGACAAUAAACUUCAGACCAUCAGCAAAGGACUUUUUGUGCCUCUACAAUCAAUUCAAACUCUGCAUUUAGCUCAGAAUCCAUUUGUGUGCGACUGCCAUUUGAAGUGGCUGGCCGAUUACCUGCAGGAUAAUCCAAUAGAAACCAGCGGCGCUCGAUGCAGCAGCCCACGUCGCCUUGCCAACAAACGAAUCAGCCAGAUCAAGAGCAAGAAGUUCCGUUGCUCAGGUUCAGAGGACUACAGGAGUAAGUUCAGUGGCGAGUGCUUCAUGGAUCUUGUCUGUCCUGAAAGGUGUCGCUGUGAAGGAACAAUCAUAGAUUGUUCCAACCAAAAACUCACCCGACUUCCCACUCAUCUCCCAGAAUAUACCACAGAUCUGCGUUUACAUGACAAUGAUAUUUCUGUUCUUGAAGCUACUGGAAUAUUCAAGAAACUCCCCAGCUUACGGAAGAUAAACCUGAGUAACAAUAAGAUCAAAGAGAUUCGAGAAGGCACUUUUGAUGGAGCAGCAGGGGUGCAAGAACUGAUGUUGACAGGGAAUCAGCUGGAAUCCGUGAAUGGACGAAUGUUUAGAGGCCUCACAGGGCUCAAGACUCUAAUGCUCAGGAGCAAUGUGAUCAGUUGUGUCAACAAUGACACGUUCACAGGAUUGAGCUCAGUAAGGUUACUUUCUCUGUAUGACAAUCGCAUUAGCACUAUCACACCUGGAGCCUUCAAUACACUUGUUUCUUUAUCGACAAUUAAUUUGCUGUCUAAUCCAUUUAACUGUAACUGCCACUUGGCCUGGUUGGGGAAAUGGCUAAGGAAAAGAAGGAUUGUCAGUGGAAAUCCACGCUGCCAGAAACCAUUUUUCUUGAAGGAGAUUCCAAUUCAGGAUGUGGCAACACAAGACUUUACAUGUGAUGGUAAUGUUGAAAGCAGCUGUCACUUGUCCCCCCGUUGUCCGGACCAGUGUACCUGUGUGGAUUCUGUGGUUCGUUGCAGUAACAAAGGGCUGCGGUUCCUGCCUAAAGGUGUCCCUAAAGAUGUGACUGAAUUAUAUCUGGAAGGAAAUCAUUUGUCUGCUGUGCCAAAGGAGCUAUCCAUGUUCAGACAUUUGACACUGAUUGACUUGAGCAACAAUAGCAUCAGCAUGUUGACCAAUUACACCUUCAGUAAUAUGACACAGCUCUCAACACUGAUUCUGAGUUACAACAGGCUACGGUGUAUCCCAGUUCAUGCGUUCAAUGGGCUCAGGUCUCUCCGAGUGCUGACUCUUCAUGGCAAUGAUAUUUCCAGUGUCCUGGAAGGGUCCUUUAAUGAUCUUGUAUCACUUUCCCAUCUGGCGCUUGGCACUAACCCCUUGCAUUGUGACUGUAGCCUGCGCUGGCUUUCAGAGUGGGUAAAGGCGGGCUACAAAGAACCAGGGAUUGCACGGUGCAGCAGUCCAGAUGACAUGGCAGACAGACUGUUGCUCACGACACCAACCCAGCGUUUCCAAUGCAAAGGGCCCAUUGAUAUCAGCAUUGUGUCCAAGUGUAAUCCUUGUCUAUCCAAUCCAUGUAAAAAUAAUGGGACUUGCAAUAAUGAUCCAGUAGAUUUUUACAGAUGUACUUGCCCAUUUGGCUACAAGGGUCGAGAUUGUAGCACCCCCAUUAAUGCCUGCAUUCAGAAUCCAUGCCAGAAUGGAGGGACGUGCCAUCUCACAGAUACAAAUAAAGAAGGAUUCAGUUGUUCUUGCCCAAUCGGAUUUGAAGGGGAAAAAUGUGAAAUUAAUCCAGAUGACUGUGAAGAUAAUGAUUGUGAGAACAACUCAACUUGUGUAGAUGGGACCAACAACUAUGCCUGUCUUUGUCUUCCCAACUUUACAGGAGAACUAUGUGAUGAGGUGAUCAACCAAUGUGUUCCUGAACUAAACCCUUGCAAACAUGACGCCAAAUGUAUCCCUGUUGAUAAAGGAUACAGAUGUGAAUGCUUACCAGGCUAUAGUGGAAAACAUUGUGAAACAGAUGACAACGACUGUGUGGGACACAAAUGUCGACAUGGUGCAUUGUGUGUGGAUGCUGUCAAUGGAUAUACUUGUAUUUGCCCUCAAGGGUUCAGUGGACUAUUCUGUGAAAAUCCUCCACCUAUGGUUCUGCUCCAGACUAGCCCCUGUGAUAACUAUGAGUGCCAAAAUGGAGCCCAGUGUAUUGUAGUUCAGCAGGAACCAGUCUGUCGUUGCCUGGCUGGCUUUGCUGGCCAGAAGUGCGAGAAACUCAUCACUGUCAAUUUUGUUGGGAAGGAUUCCUACGUUGAAUUGCCACCAGCCAAAAUGCGUCCUCAAGCAAACAUCUCCCUCCAGGUUGCAACAGAUAAAGACAAUGGCAUUUUAUUAUACAAAGGAGACAAUGAUCCACUGGCUCUAGAGUUGUAUCAAGGCCAUGUGAGGCUUAUCUAUGACACACUGACUUCUUCACCUACAACUAUAUACAGUGUGGAAACAGUAAAUGAUGGGCAGUUUCACAGUGUGGAAUUGGUAGUGUUGAACCAGACUUUGAACUUGGUUGUAGAUAAAGGCGCUCCCAAGAGCCUUGGCAAACUGCAGAAACAGCCCGUGGUCGGUCACGACACACCUUUGUACAUUGGAGGUAUUCCUACAUCCACAGGACUGUCUUCAUUACGGCAGGGAACAGAGAGGACACCCAGUGGUUUCCAUGGUUGCAUACAUGAUGUCCGCAUUAAUAAUGAGCUGCAGGAUUUCAGGGAUUUACCACAUCAGUCAGUUGGGGUCCUUCCUGGCUGCAAAUCCUGUAACAUCUGUAAGCAUGGCAUCUGCCGUUCUGUUGAGAAAACAAGUGUUGUGUGUGAGUGCCACCCAGGCUGGACGGGCUCCCUUUGUGACCAUGAAGUUAAAGAUCCCUGCCUUAACAACAAGUGCCUCCAUGGUAAAUGCACAGCUACCAAUUCUGCUUACACAUGUAAGUGCAUGGAAGGUUUCACGGGCAUGUACUGCGACAGAAAGAAUGAUUCCUCCAACCCCUGCAGACUUCUAAAAUGCACCCAUGGGCAAUGUAAAAUCUCAGCACAUGGGGAGCCCUACUGUGAGUGCGAUCCAAAUUACAGUGGCGAACGGUGUGAUAGAGAGAAUCAGUGCCAAGGAGAGAUUGUUCGCGAGUUGAUACGGAAACAACAAAAUUCCAUCUCCUGCGUCUCUACUGUGAAGGUGCAGCGCAUGGAAUGUCAUGGCAGCUGUGGGAAUGAUCAAUGCUGUGUUCCCAUUCGGAGCAAAAGGCGGAAAUAUAUCUUCCAGUGUCUGGAUGGUUCCUCCUUUACAGAAGAGCUGGAGAGGCAUGUGGAAUGUGGCUGCGGAAAAUGUUUAUAAACAACAUCCAGCCUCUUUGCCCCUCUUGUAUCGACUCAGAUGUGCUAUCCAAAGUGGGACAUAUUUACUUUUAAGUGAAGAAGAUAAUAUUAAGUAUAUUGUAAAAUACACAAAAAUAGAAGUUAUUUUUAUUAUGAAAAGUGACUAUUUUCAUCUUUUAUUAUAUAAAGUAUCUGACUGUUUUGGGUAUAUGUAUCAUACAGUGAGUUAUUUUUACUAUGGAUUUUUUACAGUUGUAAAAAAAAUUGGAAAAAUUAUUCCAAAUCUAAACACAGGGAUUUAAAAAAAAAGUAUAGUUGAUAAGCUUUGCACGAUGACCACAUGUGAAGGUAAUUAAAAAAAGGAUUUGCCACAGAAAUAGUAGAAUAUGUCUUUAAAAAUUCUGAAUAGAUCCACAGAAGAGAUCUACAGCUUUCAGACACUUUUCUUGUCUGAAUAUGCUCCGUUAAUAUCUCUUUCCGUUGAUGAUGACAUAAUUGCUAGUUGUGUUUGUUAGUGUUGUGGGUCAGCUUGACACUAUUGCCAAAAGAGCACAUCAGGACACUGCAAUAGCUUGGACCUUAUGCAGAUUUUGUUAUGCACAUGUUAAUGCGGUGGUGGUAAUACCUCUUGCCUUGUAUGUAUCAUUGACCCUUACACUGUUGUGUUAAUCAUCAGUUAUAUUGGCUCUCUUGCAAAAAAUGAAUUUGAGAACUGUUUUGUUUAUGAAGUAUUUUUAAAAUUAACAGAUGGAAAGUAAGUGCCAUGUAAUACCUAACAAAUAACACAGGGAACAAUCCACAUAGCCAGCAUGUCCUCUUCCAACCAUGCAUGUUGUUCCAUGAGUAGAAUUUGUCCCAGCUCUCUUCCCCUUCUGCCUUCUAUUAUCUCUUGUGCAGAGUAACAGGUCUGCCUGCAGAGGGUAGACUGAAUCAUCGCUAUAAUAAUCAACCAAUGUGGUAUAAUGAUUAGAGUACUGGAUACUUUGCAAAGCAGCUAUGCCAAGGAUGCACUGAACCAGUGCCUUACUGAAAUUUGACAAUCAAUUUUAAGAUUACCACAAUCCCUUUAAAGAAAUCUAUUGCUCUUCUUUGCAGGCCGCAACAUGUGGUGAACUGGAAACUAAAAAGUAUUGCAGACAGGAAGUCUCCAUAUGAUAAGCAUGGUCCACAUGCAAAGCUACUCAGUGUGUUAUAUCUGCCACUUGUAGCAGCCAGACUGCAGAGGCUGUUUAUUACAGUUUCCAAAUGGGGUGGGACCUAAUGGUUAAACCUUUCUUCAGAUGGGAACUUGGGGAGCAUUAUUCAGAAGAAUUUUGUAUUUGGUCAACCACUAUAAAUGCCUUUGAUGUUCAGUACAUCCACAAAAUCUGUCUAGCUUGUUUUCUGACGUUCUUUUUUUCUUUCCAUCCUUCCCUGUGAGUGACAGUGGAAGCUUAUAAGAGCCAUUAGUUAGAGAAUUUAAAAUUUUCAGCAGUGCCUAAGAAGAACAAGUUUUCUAAAUCCAGUCUGAUCCUCAGAGGCUAGUAAAAUCCUAUGGGCUUGCAGUAGGUCCUUCCCAGCUGAAUACAUGCAUAUGUUCUAGAGCAUGUGUGUUUUUUGUUUUUCGUAAAGCUUUUAGGAAUAACACAGCCUGUCUAAAAAGAACAGCUUUGACCAUGCCAUAAGCAUUUUGCCCCUUUUUCAGAUUUCAGGAGCCUGAAAAUGCUUAAGAGUCUUUCUUCUAAUUACAGCCUUCUGAAAGCCACAAUAGGUUGUUCAGAUUUCCUUAUAUAUUCUCAGGAUAAUUUCAGGCAGGAGGGAGAUGACUGAUACAAUAGUCGCCUUUCAGUGCAAAUAGUAGUACUUGGAGCCUGCAAUCAGUGUAACAUAAAACAAUCACUGGUUACUUUGCCAAAAAACUGAUUGAAAUAGCAGUUCAGGAGCCUGUGCAGGGGGGGGGGAAACUUGCUGUGGAGAGUUAGUAUUAUUUUAAGCAUAAUAUGUGAUGCUGGAAGCAGCUGGAAUUUAUAAUGUAGAAAUGCACCACAAUCUGCACAGACCAAAAGUUUGCAGAAGCAAAUGCAAAACCACUCUUGUGUAAACAUAAUUUUGGCACAAACAUCUGUCUCCUAAUGAUUUAUUCCCUCUUGGUUACCCAAGAUGUUUGCCUCUGUUGCAGGGAAUAGAAACCCAUCCAGAAUAGGCAGAUCAUAGAGCUGAAAUGCUACUAAAAUAUCAGUUCCUUGGUUUUGCAAGGUGGCUAUUCUGUAUGCUCUAUUCUGCUAAGGAGAAAACAAGAAAACAGUAUUAAAUUAGUCAAGAAAGGAGAUACAACCUCACUUUGGCCAUCAGGUCUUUUAAUUCAACCGUUUACUAAAUAGAGAACAAUCCCACCAGCAUUUUGAAAAUAAUUCCAAGGGCAUUGUUGAACGGAAUGGUUGAUUAGUAACUAGCCACCGUAGAGAAAGGCUAGUUCUGUUCUAUUGCAACAUACUUGGGACUAUAUCAUGAUCUAGAAGAAAAGCCACUUUAUUUGUUUUCUGCCAUUGGACAGUGUAUGUUUUGCUGUGUGUCAGCGGAUGUGAUAUGGAAUCUAGUUCUUCUGUUUUGCUUUUUAAAGUGCCAAAAGGUCUAUGAAGUUAGUUUUAAAAGUGUUAACUGGAUCUUCUAAUCUUCUUACAUGACAGUGCAUUUCAGCUACUGUAAAUGGAAUGCAGUAGUUUACUUUUAAAAGUUAAUAUAAAGAAAGAUUGCUAACCCUAUAAAAACUGUACAUUGGUAAUGUUGACUGAUAUGAAUUCUGUGUAUUUACUAGAUUGUCCUAUUGUGAUGUAAUAAAUUUAAGUAAAUUGUUGGGUUAUA